CAUCGCUUUCCUCUCCUUCCACUGUACUGCUGCGACACCAGUGACUCCACCAAGCAUCGCACUCACGUCUGGGAAGGGGAGCUUGGAACUCGGAAGCGCGCGCAGCAAUUUAGCAGGCAGACGGCCAUCAGCCCAGCAUCAGCCGGCCUGAUCAUAUCAUGCCUCGCUCCUCCUUCUCAUCAUCCCUACAAAGUGCCUAGCCGCGGGCGGGGACGGUGCCUUCCCUUCCCAGGCGAUCUUUUCCUCCCGCCUCCAUGGCGGACGCAGGCCUCCCCCUCGACACCGCCUACCUCACCGCGAUCUGGCUGGAGACGCUCUUCUACGGCAUCAACAUCUGCUUAUUCUUCUCCUAUGUCUACAUCCUGCGCUUCCGGCGCACGCGCAAGAUCUCGAGCGUGGUGUUCUGGGUCGCCGUGUUGAUGUUCCUAUUUUCGAGCGUGCAUGUUUCCCUGGGAUUUGCGCGCUUGAUAUGGGGAUUCAUCGACCGGCGGAAUGACCCUGGUGGUCCGGCUGGCUACUUUUCGGACGUGUCGCAUCCACCGAACGUGGCGAAGGUCACUAUCCAUACCGUCAAUUCCAUCCUGGGGGAUAGCAUUGUGGUUUGGAGGUGUUGGCACGUCUGGGGCAGAAACUGGAAGGUCUGCGUGUUCCCAGCCAUGCUCAUUCUGGGUUCCGCAAUCAGCGGUUUCGGUCAAGCAUACAUAUUCGCGAACGCCAAAACAAUACACAGUGCUUUCAAUGACACCCUGGAAAAGUGGAACGGCUCCGUGUUCAUCCUAUCCCUCGUCACCAACGUCAUUGUCACUACCCUCAUCGCCGCUCGUAUCUGGUUUUUGGCAAGAGAAGCCGGCGGGCACAUCCUAUCCACGAAAUUCCGGUAUACCAAGGUCCUAAUCAUCGUGAUCGAGUCCGCGAUGAUAUACAGCGCGGCGCUCAUCAUUGAGAUUACCCUGUACUUCAUUGGCAGCAACGCGUUCUAUAUCGUGUAUGAUCCCAUAGCGCAGCUUACCGGUAUCGUCCCCACCAUGAUCAUUGUCAUGUCUACUCUCGGCCUCACCGCGGAGGAUAUGGACUCCAUCCCUGUUGGCAAGGCUAGACCCGAGGACCCCGAAUCCCAUCACCUCUCCACCAUAAACUUCAAGCCAGGCGGUCCCGCGCGCGGUAGCGUACCCGGGCUCUCCACCGGAAACACGACCACAGGCUAUUCCGACCCGACGACGGAGGACUCGUCGAUCGACUUUAGGGCCUACAGCGAGGUCAAGGUCCCGGAGCACUACGUGGAUCCGCCAGACGCGAGUUUCGUGGUCGCGCCGCCAGAGCGGUCACCUCGUGCGGUACAUCACUACGAGAUACGAUGAGUUGCGGGAGGAAUUUUAUGGAGAGGAUCUCUGGUGGAGGACGUACUUACAUACUACCCCGACGCUGUUGCUAUCGCAGGAUACCAUGCGCUGUACUUCUAGUGCUCAUACCUAUGCAGGCUUAAUUGGCAGCCUUGUACUGUUUUCUUCUGCUACUUGUGCUUCAUGAGAUACCUCGUAUGUACAUAUGCAGUGCAUUUUUCUUGGUUUACCAUCGGUACCCUUAGGCGAGCAAACAUAUACAAACAAUCAAAGAAAUCUGUUGAUGGACCUUUGCUUCCGUC